CUUAAACGUUAAACCUAACCAUUGGGCGUACGAGACUCCAGUCGCCAUUGUUCGCAGGCCACAACCUAGCCGCAGGGUUUCGCAGCAGGUUGCCGAAGUCCGAACGCCGGUCGCCGGUCUCCGCCUCGCCAAAGCCCGAACGCUCUCGCUGCCUCGCCGAACUCCGACCGCAGGUCUUCGAAUUCCAAGUCCGAACUCCGAAGUGAGAGCGCAGUAUUCACCAUGGCAGGAGGUAAGAUACGCAAAGAAAAAAGUCACCGUGGCUCUGCUGGUGCUGGCGGCGCGAACCCUCACUACCAGGGCGGAAUUCAAUUUCAUAAGUCCAAAGGUCAGCACAUACUGAAAAAUCCUAUGCUAGUUGACACCAUCGUCGAGAAAUCUGGCAUCAAACCAACCGAUGUCAUCCUCGAAAUCGGUCCAGGUACCGGUAACUUGACUAAGAAGCUUCUAGAAGCAGGAAAGUCCGUCAUAGCCGUUGAGCUUGACCCUCGUAUGGUUCUCGAGUUGCAACGGAGAUUUCAAGGAACUCCACCUAGUAAGCUAAAGAUUAUACAAGGGGAUGUUCUGAAGUGUGAUCUUCCAUACUUUGACAUCUGUGUGGCAAAUAUCCCAUACCAAAUCUCGUCUCCUCUUACUUUCAAAUUACUGUCUCAUAGGCCACUGUUCAGGGCUGCAGUUAUUAUGUUUCAAAGGGAAUUUGCCAUGAGGCUCGUUGCUCAGCCUGGCGAUACUCUUUAUUGCCGCCUUUCUGUCAACACUCAACUGUUAGCUCGAGUCUCCCAUCUUCUAAAGGUAGGAAGAAACAAUUUCAGACCUCCACCGAAGGUUGAUUCUUCAGUAGUCAGAAUUGAGCCAAUGAAACCGUAUCAAAAUCUCAACUUCAAGGAGUGGGAUGGUUUAGUUCGAAUCUGCUUCAAUAGGAAGAAUAAAACUCUAGGUGCAAUUUUUAGACAAAAGACGGUGCUUUCAUUGCUAGAAAAGAACUACAAAACCCUGCAAGCAUUGCAGAUACCUGAGAAUGGAUCCUUCGAGGACACAGUCGACAUGUCUUUGGCUGUAUCAGCCUUAGGAGAUACACUCGGAGACAUGAGUAUGGGGAUCGACGAUGGGGAUGAUGACAAUGAGAUGGAUAUGGAUGAUGGUGAUGCUAAAGGAUCAGAUUUCAAAGAAAAAGUUGUGUCAGUUUUGAAGCAAGGGAAAUUUGAAGAUAAGAGGUCUUCCAAACUCACCCAAGUAGAUUUCAUGCACCUACUUUCUUUGUUCAACAAGGCUGGAAUUCACUUUUCUUAGGCCUCUGCUUCUUUUUUUUUUGAGCGGUGAGGGAAAUCUGCAGUCACUAUUCGAGAGUGUGUAGGGGUAAAUCCCGCCUUGUGACCCUAGUCAGCAAAAGACCGCAAGGAGGUAAAUCAGUCUAGGUUGGCUCUGCCUUUUAUCUAUACAUAUUUGUUUGUGCGAGGAGGUUGGAUACAUAUUUCUUAGCUCAAGCAGCUGGUUGGCAUUCAUCCAUUUUUGGUCUUCCUACCAAUAUGAUCUAAAUUCAAUUUUGGUUCCUUACUCAAGUUUUUGUAUGAUUAUACUUAUUAUAUAUUAUCACCGUCUUAGUCUUAAUUGUCUGUAAUUGCAAUCCUGGUCUGGUCUAUUUUAUUGUGGACUCGACUUUGAUAAGUUUUUUUAUAUGGAGUUUACAGGUUAAGGUUAAUGGGUUUAAUUGCAUUAAUUUGAUAGGUUAUCGGUUCACUUGUAUCAAGUUGACUAGUCGAAAUGUUGAAUUGAAUUUUUUUAUGUA